AUGAACAAUAGAUUACUAUAAUAUGGCAUCUGUGAUGUUAUAGUUUGUCUUGUGAUUGGAGUGGUAAAUAUGUUUUAGGAAUCCUCUUGUUUUGAGUUUGCGAUUGCAUUUCUAGCAGAGUUAAUUUUGAUGAUUGCUUUUAUUGUUUUGCUCCAUAAAAACUUUUUAAAUGCCUUGAUUAGAGAUUGCUACUUAAUAGUUUCAUAUAUGUUAUGCUAAAUUUUGUAAAUUGAAUUCUCAUAACAAUAACAAACCGCUGUAUUUACAAUUAUAAUUAUUAGGAAUAUAUGCUUUUCUUAAUCAUAAGACUGCUGGUACUUAUAACAGCUAUUUAAAGAAUAUCAUUUCGAAUCUGCAUUUUUUUUAUUGUCUAUCUUUACUUAUGUAUAAGAUUAGAGUUCUAUACAAAUCUAUUUCCUUAUUUUAGUCUAAUAUUUGUACCAUUAUUGUUCAAACUUGACAAGCAGCAAUAAAAUCUUUCUAAUUUAAUUACUGAUUUUUUCAAAGAGACAAUAACUAAUUCUAUAUUAAUAAUAGAUGCUUAAACAAAACAGCCACUAUUUCAUACUAAUUAAAUUGAAUCUGAAUUUUAUUAUACAAUUACUAACUAAAAAUAUUUUAUUAAUACACUUGAAUAAUUUCAAGAUUCUAGUCAUAAAACAUUAAGUUCAAUAUUUGAUGAAUAAAAACUACAAAUUACACCUGAAGAAUAAGUUUAAUAUUGCAGACUUUAAUAAAUCUCAAAUGAAGAUUAUUCAUAUAUGGAUUAACAUUAAAAUAAGAAGGUAUCAACAUUUAUUCAUGAUGAAAUUAAUGAAGAUAGAUAAGAAUUAGUAAUAGAAAGUCCUAAGUGUCAGGGUGAAUCAUUAAAAAAUUAAAAUUCAAAUUAAUUUAAUGAUGAUACUCCUUAUUAAGUCAAAAAAAGUAAAUUUAGAUAAUUCAAAGACAGUUAGUAUCAUAUUGAUUCAAUCAAGGAAUUAAAAUAAAAAAGAAUUAAUAUUUAAGUUUAGCAUUGCAUUUGGAAUUAUAAGGGAGCUUUUAUGAUUUAAAUUAAAGAUUUACGAAAUUAAUAAAUGGUUGAAAUAUUAAAUGAUGAAUUAGAGGAAAGUAGAAGACAAAACGAUAAUAAGGAUUAGAUAUUAGCUACAGUUUUUCAUGAUUUUAAGACUCCUAUUAAUGGAAUUUCAACUAUUGUGGAAGCUAUGGAAGAGAAAUUUGAUAUAAAUGCAUAAUAGAAAUAUUAUUUAAGAAUAAUCAAGAAAAAUGUAUUUUUAAUGUUGUACAUGAUUUAAGACAUUUUAGAUUUUGCAAGAAUUUAAAAGAAUUAAUUAAGAUUAAGUAUCACUGAUUUUUAUUUGAAUGAAAUUAUAGAAGAAGUAGUUGAAUUGGUGGCAAUCUAGGCAGAAUAAAAGGGAGUUGUUAUUAAUACCCAUUAUGAUUUGCCAACAUAUUAAAUAUAUAGUGAUCCAAAUAGAAUUAAAUAAGUAUUAAUGAAUUUUAUAUCUAAUUCAUUAAAAUUUACAGAAUCAGGUUCUAUAACCAUAUCAGUUAAUUCUCAUCAGACAGACAAAUCUUAACACAUAGUUCGAACAGGUUCAUCUAAAAAUGUGUUUACUUAAUAAUAAAAUUAAUAAUCAAUUGGAUAAUUGAGGAAACAAUUAUCAGGUAGAUCAGUAAAAACAAUAACAGGAUAAAAUAGAAUGAUAUACACAAUAACCAUAGCAGAUACAGGUUGUGGGAUAUCUGAGUUAAUAAAGCCAAAAUUAUUUAAUAUGUUCGCAACAUUUCCAAGUUAGAAAGUUCAGAAUAAAUGUGGUACAGGUAUAGGAUUAAUGGUAUGUAAAAAGUUAAUAAAAUUAUUGGGACCAUCAGAAAAUAUAGAUAUAUGGAGUGAAUAAAAUAAAGGAACAAAGAUGUCAUUUCAGAUUUAUUCUCGAUUGUCUGAUGACUCAAAAAGAUCUCCUAAUUAUAUUAGUGUAUUUAAAUAGGAAAGUAGUUCAAAAAACUUUAAUAUGGAUAGUCAAUCUUAAUUCGAUGAACAACAAUCCAUUUAAUAAACAUUUGUUAGGUCUUCAUUAUUAUAUGUAUAUUAAAGACCAAUUGAAAAACAUGAUUCAGAUGUGAAUUUCGAUUUCCAUCCAGAAUAGGAGGAUGCAGAUCAAUAGAAAUAAAAUAAUAUUAAUUACAUGAAGAACCAACGUUCACCAACUGUGAGCUAUAUAAAAAAUAAAGAAUAACCACUUGAUGAUUCUUAAGAUGUUAUCGAUCCAAGACAUCGUUUAUAAAGGAUAUUAUAAAAUAGACCACAUUUCUCAAUUUUGAUAGUUGAUGAUUAACCAUUUAAUGUUUUAGCUAUGAAACUGUUAUUAUAGGAUACCUGUUCGAAUAUAACAUUUUUAGAAGCCUAUAAUGGUUAGCAAGCUAUAAAUAAAUUGAUAAACUUUUAGAAAUAAAAAAAUAUAAAAUACGUUUUUAUGGAUUUAUUAAUGCCAAUAUUGAAUGGUUGGCAAGCUACUUAAAUGAUAAGAGAAAUGGUAUAUAAUAUGAAUAAUUAUAGAUAUAAAAAAAGUCAAUAGAUGAACUGAAAAUAAUAGCUAUAUCAGGUUAUGAUGAUGAAAACGAAUAGGAUAGAUGUGGUAAUAUUGGAUUUGAUGCUUUUAUUACUAAACCUGUAAGACUGGAGAUGAUAGCAGAAGUAUUUGUGUAGUUAGAGAAAGUUUGA